AUGAAGAGGUUUGGAGCACUGGUAGAGAGCUUGGCGCUGUUUGGAGCAGAGAUAUGGAGCUGGAACAUGGAGGAAAGACUGGAUAAAAUACAAAGAAGAUAUGUGGAAUGGAUCUUAGGUUUAGAUAUGACAACACCAAAUUAUGUAUUGAUAGAAGAAUGCAAGUUAACAGAAAUCAAAGAAAAAGCAUUAAGAAGAGCAGCAAGGUACAAAGAGAAAGCCUUAGAAUCAAAAAAGGACCUAGUAAAGGAGUGCAUAAAGGAAAGAUAGAGAAACUGGAUAAAUGGCCAAGAAGGGAAAAGAGCA